UCUGCCGCCUAUUUGUAAAUCUGCGGGAUUGAUUUAUUCCGCGCCUCAAACAGUCAAACGGCUCAUUCAUUCAAUAUAGUUUAAAAAUACAAGAAACAUUUAUUUGACUAUUUCUUUGGAUCUGUUUUGAUAAAAGGGCUUUUUGUGGAAUUCGGGUACCUUAAGUUAUUUCUUGUGGAAUACGUACGAAGGAGUAAGGAUGUCUCGAAGAGUAAUUCAGCCUCCGGGUGGUGCGAGCAGUAUAUUCUUUGGUGGAGAGGAGCCAGCGAAGAAAGCUCCGCCACCGGCCAAGACGGAAGAGCAGAAACCAGCGGAGACCGAGCAAAUCCAGUCGCAACAGCAACAACAACAGGUUGCUGCCGCUGGUAGUCAAGCCCAUGUGAAUGUCAAGAAACAGACAGACGAGAGCCCGGAAAACACGUUCGCACAGGCUCAGGGAAUGGUUCCGGAACGCUCUAACCAAGUGUCCCAACCAACGGAAGCCAGUCGCAAUAAGGAUAAACAGAAAUCCAGCAUUGUGUUUGGCGACGAUCCCGUCAGCGAACCAAAAGCGCGCGGCGGUCGCGCGCCUGCACCGGCUGCGAGCACCGCUCCAUCUGCUCCCGAACCGAUGUCGCAAGGAAAGGACCCGCGAUUCGCUGAGUCAGAUGGUGCGAAAGAUGUGACCAGUAUCAAGAUCCACCAUCCGCCUGGUGGGAAAAGCAGUGGACCGCUUUGGUAAAACGGUUCCUUUGCUCCGGAAUACCUCCCAGCCACCUCCAGUUUCUCAUUUUGUUCCUUCUGGAAUCUCUCCUGACAUUUCCUUUGACGAGAUCGUGGUUUUGUAAUGUGUGGAUUGCCAGUGCUGUUGCAUAUAAGUGCCGUGUUUUUGGGUCCAUAUUAUAGGAUCGUGUUUUCUAUUAUAUUUUGUUUUGCUGAUUUUAUAAGAACGGUGGUAUGGUUUGGAGAACGGACUAAAGAGCGAGAAAUUAUCCACAUUUUGAAUACAUUAUACAUAGCUCUAAUUAAUCGCAAGUGGCAAAAUUUAUUAUGCUUGCGUGCUGUGUAUUAAAUUAUUCUGAAAUGUACUGAAAUAAUAAUAAAUAGUUAUUGUCAAAUGUGUACUUAUUCCGAUGGUAAACCUAAAAUCAACAAUAAAAAUU